CACACACGUGAACUAAGAGAAGAAGAAGGAGGCGUCGGUAAAGCCAUGUCCAAAACUAAAAAAAACCGAGCCAAACGUCUCGGCUUCCUCGAAAAGUUUAAGUCUAAAGAUGGACAAAAAAAUGACAAGGCUUCGGGGCGGUCAUCUGCGCAGCAGACCCGAAAACCAGAAGAAAUCCGGACUCAAAGGCUUCAGGAACUCCAGGACAGACAGAAAAUCUCCAGAGAACAAGAUCUGAUGAAGAGGAGGAAUUUGCACAGCUUUCAGAAUGACAUCCUACAGCGACAAAGAGCGUUCGACCAGAAGGAGAUAGACAUGCAGAGUUUGGAGAAGAAUGUUAAUUUCGAAAAUGAGAAUUCAAGAAAGGCAUAUUACAGAGAGUUUAAGAAGGUAGUGGAUGCCUCUGAUGUUAUUUUGGAGGUUUUGGAUGCACGUGACCCUCUUGGCUGCAGAUGUCCUCAGGUGGAGCAGGCAGUCAUUCAAAGUGGAAUGAACAAGAAGAUAGUUUUAGUGCUUAACAAAAUUGAUUUGGUGUCAAAGGAAAUCGUGGAAAAGUGGAUUAAAUAUCUCCGUAAUGAGUUCCCCACAGUAGCUUUCAAAGCAUCUACUCAGCAACAGAACAAGAACUUGAAACGCAGCAACGUACCAGUGACGCAAGCUACCGCGGAGCUCCUCAGUACCAGCGCGUGUAUCGGUGCUGAUUGCUUGAUGAAGCUACUCGCCAACUACUGCCGCAACCUAGACAUAAAGACGGCGAUCACCGUCGGUGUUGUAGGAUUUCCUAACGUGGGAAAGAGUAGUUUGAUCAACAGUUUGAAACGAGCCCGAGCGUGUAACGUCGGAGCCACUCCCGGGGUCACCAAGUGCCUUCAACAGGUGCAUUUGGACAAACACAUCAAGCUUUUAGAUUGCCCCGGCAUCGUCAUGGCGACUUCAACGACCGAUGCGGCGAUGAUUCUUCGCAACUGCGUGAAAAUCGAACAUCUCGUAGAUCCUCUGCCGCCCGUUGAAGCCAUCCUCCGACGCUGCAACAAGGCGCAGAUCAUGGAGCACUACGGGGUGUCAGACUUUCACACCGGUCUGGAGUUCUUGGCAAUGCUUGCUCGACGUCAAGGCAAACUGAGGAAGGGAGGAUUGCCCGACUCGGACAAAGCUGCAAAGAGUGUGCUAAUGGAUUGGACAUGUGGAAGGAUCAGCUACUUCACACACCCUCCAGAGACACACACCCUUCCCACACACGUCAGCGCUGAGAUUGUCACAGAGAUGGGUAAAGCUUUUGACUGGGAUGAGCUGGAAAAGGGAAACCAGAAGGUUCUUGCAGAGUCAUCGUGUCCUGAUAUCCAAAUGGGAUUUUGCAUGGAAACCACUGGAAUGACCGAAGGCGGCCCGGUUGAAGCAGCGUCUGACUUCUUGGAAGAGCCGGAAUUUAAGGACGAAACUGAAUCUAUGGAGGGUGGAAAGGACCUAGAGUUUGGACCAAUGACGGUGGAGAUAAAAUCGAAGAGGUCAAGGACUGACGUGCCUGUACCAAGGGCUCCAGAUUUGAAGGCUAUCUUUGAUGUAGAUCCUCUACAGCAGGGUCAGGCACUCCGUGCUGCCGGCAAGAAGAGGAAAAAGAAGCAGAAAAGAGCUGACAAAAUUGCCACCAAACUCUCAGACUCCUUGACGGCUGCAAUGGACUUCUCAUUUUCAGAUGGCUGAUUUUUUUUAAAUAAAACUUUAAAUGUAAAACAUUA